AUGUCCGCCAACCCCAGGCCCGAGGGACUGACAUCUCGACGAGCAGACCGGGCCCUUAGCGUUAUGAGCAAAACCUAUAACAUGGAGGCAGCUAAUGACGGUGAGCAAAUAAACCCCCAUGGCAGCGUCUGUUUGGAGGUGUUCCACAAUACGUGGGUCGAGUUUUAUGAGUGGGAGAGGGAGUAUUGUGAGGCCAAGUUAGCGGCUCUAAUGAGUGAGAGGCGGAAGGGGGCUAGUGCAACGCCAACGAUCACCGCUACCGCGACGACGGCGCGUCCAACAUCACCACCUGGUCCAAUCUGGGUCAUACCGUGUCCCCAAACUAUAGUUGAUCUCUCCGGUGUAUUGGCAGACUUCGACGCAGCCCCUCAAUACGAAUCAUGCACACCCCUGAACGGGAACGUGUAUGUAGGGGACGAUCCCGAUGUUAUGCCGUUCUUGCCGUUCGGAGAGGAGGAUUGGGAUGGAUCUCCUCUUCCUGGCGGUGGCAGGAAGCGCUUUUCAUUCGAGGACUACAUCGGGGAAUAUGGCCAGCUUGCAUGGAUGUCUGAAUUUGACGAUCCAGAUCUGGACUGCAUUCUGUAUGCAACCACUCAACGCCUUGCCUCGAUGUCGAUAUCGUACGCUCAAAUGGACGCGACAAGUGUGUUCGCGCGGACGCCCAGGCUGCCGUUGCUUAGCGUAUCCUCUGGGGAUCAUCCUGGCUUAGAGGCUAGAGCUGCGAAGAGAGACUUCCCUCCAUUCCCCACCCUACCAUCCACCCCCACGCCCCGCCCAUCUGCGCCUUCUGUCUUGUCGACCCUCAAAACCCAAAUCUACCCGCUGUUCUGCCACAACCUCACCUGCAUCCGCCAUAUCUGUCCUACACAUUCGGAGGACACGCCCUAUCCCCAUGCGACGGCCCCCAGAAGGAAGAGUGCUCAGUUAGCUAAUGAUGAUCCCACCCCAGAUCUUUGCUCACCUACCUGUUAUCGCCGCCGCCGCGGUCUUCAUACAGAAAUUUCAGGUACUAUCCCCAUGUCGUCCUCUUCCUCCAGUGUUGUAUCACCACCUGCUGAGCGGGGCCGGAGAGGCAUAACAGGACCAUCGCAGCCGGCUAUGCCUGAUUCUUGGUCAGCCGUAGACAGAGACACUCUCAUCACCCUCCUCGAACUCGAUGCAGACGCCCAGCCAUGCGAUCUAGCCAUUCUAAUGAAGAAGAGUUGCAAUGAUGUCCCCUCCGCAAGGGGUGCAACUGCAGACCUCAGCGGGGUGCCAAAGGGAGCAACAAGAGUGGCAGUACCAAAAGAGUCUGCUGCCGCACAGAACAGUGUCCCUGCAGACGUGCCCACCGUGCAUGCAAUCCAGAGCAAUGUGCUGGGUGUACCAUUGCGGAUUCUCAAGCACCGACGUGUCUCAAUAUGGCUGCUCUAUGGGCAGCAGCUGGUAGACGUCGUAAAGUCUGUUAUAUCUCCAGAAACGGCCAUGGUGGCUGUUGAAGUUCGCCGGUCAGCAUACGGAUAUGGCCUUUUCCUCAAAGAGAGUGUGCUCGCUGGUGAAUUCCUCAUGGAAUACACAGGUGAAGCAAUCCUAGACCCCACCUGUAUCUCACGGGACUACAUCAUCGCCCACCGCCAGCGCAACUACCUCUUCGCACUUAAUACGACACUCGGGGUCGACUCGUCGCUUGCGGGUGAUCCAUCUAGGUUUAUCAAUCACGGAAACCCACCGGAUUUGGUUGACGGGUAUGUGGGUGCGGGCGAUGGCAUCGCGAAUGUUUACUCGCAUGUGGAGAUAACCAAUGGGGGGCAUGGGGUCGUGCUAUACGCUGACAUGGAUGCAGGGACAGAGUUGCUGCUUGAUUAUGGCCCCAAGUUCUUCAAGCAGGUGCACGGUGGCGAUGACGAUGGUGACAAGGGAGAGAACGAGGAAGAGAAAGAGGAGAGGCAGAUAGCACUCAAAUACAAGGGGUACUGGGAUGACGAUCCCGAGUACGGAGAGGCGGAAGAAUAUAAAGAGUAG